CAUUGAAACACUCUAAAAUUGACAAUCUUUGUAUUGCAAUCUUCAAUAACAAGCAUGAUGGCAUUGACAAGUAUAAAUCAGGGCAGAAAUGACGCGCGCCAUGUUAUUGAGGUCAAAACUUCAGCUAAAAGUCGAUCGCGAGAAGACAUUCUGGAUGCCUUUAAAAAGCUUCCGGUAGCUCAGCAAAGACUAUAUCUUGACCUACACGAAUUUGCAUGUCCCCAAUUCAGGAAAGCGGCGGAACGUGAGAUCGAGACCCAAUGGGAGGAGAUGACAGAUCUGGAUCGCAAAGUGCUGGCUAUCUUUGCAGCGAACGCCUUUAAUGGUGGCGUUUUUCCGCUUGGCUCUCGGAUGAAUCAUUCCUGCAUUCCGAACACGGACUUCUCUUACAAUUGGAGUAUCGAGAAAGAGACAUUCCAUGCCAUCAGAGAUAUCAGAGCAGGUGAAGAGCUUACAAUAAUGUAUACCAAACUUACGAAUCGGGAUCGAAUCAAGCGUCAAGUCGAGCUUGAUAAGUGGGGUUUUCGAUGCACUUGCUUGGCAUGCGAGGAUACUCCACAGGGUUGGGAACGAGAACAGAGGCGAAUGGAACUAUUCGAUCUCGAUCAACGUCUCGCUAUAAAUAUGCAGUUUGGUGGGAAAGAGACUUACAAAGAAUCUUCUGAACUAGCACUGAGAAUGGCCGCAAUACAGAAGUCUGAAGGCUUGCUGAACAGAGAACUCGGUAUCUCUUAUCAUGAUGCGGCCCGAUAUUGCUUGGCAAUGGGAAAUGUCAAGAUGGCACUUUUGUGGGCUGAAAAAGAGCUAGAGCUGGAUAUCUGCUGUGUCGGUCGAGAUCAUCCUGACUAUGAAAAAGAGGCUGAGAUGGUCAACUUACUCAGAGAAGCAGUAAGUGCCUCAAAACCGGUCCACAGCAGUGUGAUGGAAUGGCUCAAACCACAUUCGGUACCCGAGCAACCAUGCGUUGUAAUGUGAUCAAGGAGAGGCUCACCAAAACUAAAGGAUGACCAAUACUACUUGACUCUGCCUGGUCAUAUUGACUAAAUGGUACAGUAUUUGAUGAAACCACUUUCAAAUUUCUUCGCCUGCGUCUUUAUUUGAUUGGAAAAAGUGGCUCGGCAGCCCGCAUUAGCUGACUGCUCGUCUAAUUAUAGAGAAACUCCAACCAGG